AUGACGAAGCGUCUCAAAACCUGGGCCAGGCCUAAGGAAAGUAGUAUUACCAACUACAGAACAAGGAUCGCUCUCAUUCUCCCUAUUUCCUAUGCACCAGCCACCAGGAACAACCAUCCCAGGACCUCUGGACAAAAGCUUUGCAUCGAUUUUGUCCAAUACUGGAUCGUCUCCGUGGAACUUCCUCGCGAAGGGGGCGUUGCUGUCAACCAUCCUUUCAUGCCCCACACAGAAUUGGAUAUAAUCUUUAAGAAAAGAAAAUUUGAACGCCCAUUGUUGCCUCGCCAAAUUGCACAGCGCAUACCAUUUGCAUCAGCAAAGAUAAAAGAAAUAUUUGAGAUGCUUUCUAUGAAACCAGAAGUAGAGAAUGUAAAGAUUGUAACGGAAACCAUUAGUUUGUGCGAAGCGCCUUCGAUCAGAGGAGUAGAAAAAAAUUGUGCAACUUCAUUGGAAUCCAUGGUUGAUUUUAUCACUUCUAAGCUUGGGAAGAACGCCCAAGUUAUUUCUACAGAGGUAGAAAAGGUAAGCAAGUCCGAAAAAUUCUUAGUGAAAGAUGGAGGGAAGAUUUUAGCAGAAGAAAAUAUCAUUGUAUGUCAUCCAAUGAAUUACCCAUAUGUUGUGUUUUACUGCCAUAAGAUAUCAAACAUUACUGUACGUUUUAUGCCAUUGGAGGGAGAAGAUGGAAGUAGGGUUAAAGCUGUAGCAGUGUGCCACAAAGACACAUCAGAAUGGGAUCCAAAUCAUGGGUUUUUACAAGCACUUAAAGUUAAACCCAGAACAGUUCCGGUGUGUCAUAUCUUACCUGAGGGCGACCUUCUCUGGUUUGCAAAAUAGCUUACUGAUUUGGUUUCUCUAACUUGCUGGUGUAUCCUUAAAUAAGUAGGCAUGUGACCUACAUUAGUGUGUGUCUCUGCGAAACUGUGUUAUUUCAUUAUGGAAUAAUGUAAUAUUGUUCUUUUUUCAAGUAUU